AAGAGGGUGGAACCGGAAGUUUACCUGCGCGCUAAACCAGUUACGGAGAUAAUGUAAGCUAAUGUUAGUUUUUUUAUCUGCUAUUUUAAACGUCAAACGUCGAGACAAAUGGAUGCAAAAGGACCGUCGCUUUAUACACAGGCAGGCCCCUCAGUAGAUAUGACGCGCAGCAUGGACGAAGACUCUUUGGUGGAUGGACCACUGAUCUCUGCUGACGCCCUCCACUCUGCCAUCAGAAGAGAGUUUCAACCUGUUCCAACACAGUACCAUGCUGGCGCGCUGUCUGUACUUCAUGUCCUGUAUGUUGUGUUGUCGAUAUGUGUGGGAGUGCUGUGUGUGUUGAAAUUGGGUCAAGAGGAGGUGUGUCUGAACAUUUUGCGCAACGUCAAAGGAGACAGUGCCAUUGUGUUCGGGAAGGUGGGCCUAUGGGUGCUGGUGCUGUUGUUCACCGGCUGCGUGCAGCACCACCACAAUCGAGUCCGGAGCCGAGGAUACCUGCGAUUCUACAGACAGACGCAGGGACUGAAACACCUGCCACUCACCAUACACUCUGCAGGAAAUGUUCUGCUGCUGGUCCUUCUGGUUGCCCAGUUAUCUCAGAAUGUCCGCACCUACUUGAUGCUCGUUGUUCUGGGGUUGGAGCUCUUGGUGACAGUGCCAUGCCUCAUCUAUUACCAGGUCAAGGUGAUGCAGUUCAACAGAGCGCGAGCUGCACCAGAUGUGAGCCAAGAAGAGAUUUCACACAACUACGGCUUCACGAGCGUCCCGACCGAGACCGGCUUCAGAGGCAGCUCCAGUCUGGAGGAGGUGGUGGAGAAGCAGGCCGACCUGAUCGAGUACCUGAAACAGCACAACACGUCGCUGAGCAAGAGGCUGCUCAAUCUCACCGCUCAGCACUAACCGCAGUCGGGCCGAGAACCAACCGCAGCACGGUGGAGGAAUUUUAACGCUGCGAGUAAAAAUCUGAGGCUUUAGAAGAGAAGCUGUAGGAAACACUGGAUAAAAGACUCAAGUAAGCAAUCGCACCUGUACGCACAGACUGAGACGGGAGGCUGUGAGGCUUCCUCCUGCACGGAUUAGGUGGGAGGAGGUGAACUGGGAGCGGAGGACAGUUAAAAAGGCAAAGUGGGAGGCGGAGAGGAGGAGUCGUGGGUCACAGAUCAGAGGUUAGGGGUUUUAUCACCGGGUUACGACCCCCGGUGACCCGUCUACGUUGCUGCUUUUGUUCCUGCCAGAGGGACGGAACAGUAAAAUAGUUUUAGAGAUCAUGUGCACUGAGGAGGGAGAGGUUUACCACUUACCGGGGUCAAACGAGAAAGAGAGACACUGGAAAAAGAGGCUGUAAAAUGUUUGUUCAAGGCUAUUUUAUCUGUGAGUGUGUGUGUCCGUGAUUUACCAAUUUUUCACUCAAUGGGUUUGUGUAUUUGUGAUCAGAUUCCAAUAAAUCUUUACUGUUCUUA